AUGUUCAGUGCGCUGAAAUUGCAGCCGGAGUCUUACCGCAAGAAGAAGGAUUUAUACGAGUAUGGAAGGACGCUCGGGGUCGGGUCGUUUGGCACGGUGAGGGUAGCAACCGUUAAGAAGACUGGGGAGCAGGUAGCAGUCAAGAUCAUUCUGAAAAAGAGUCUUGCUGGAAACGAGCAGAUGGUUUUGGAUGAAAUUGAUAUGCUGAGGCAAUUGAGCCAUCCACAUAUCGUGAAGUUUGUGGAUUGGUUCGAGAGCAAGGACAAGUUCUAUAUCGUCACCCAAUUGGCUACGGGUGGAGAGUUAUUUGAUCGGAUCAUCGAGCGGGUUUCUUUCAGCGAGAGAGAUGCUGCAGCCGUGGUGACGCAAAUACUGCUUGCUCUAGACUAUCUGCACACCAACGAUAUCGUUCACCGGGAUUUGAAACCGGAGAACGUUCUCUAUCUCAACCCUGAGCCAGAUGCUCCCGUGGUAAUUGCGGAUUUUGGUAUCUCUAGAAAGCUGUCAGGAGACGACCAGGUGCUGACAUCAUGUGCGGGGUCAUUUGGAUAUGCUGCUCCGGAGAUCUACACUGGGGAAGGCCAUGGCAAACCGUGUGACAUCUGGUCCAUGGGGGUUAUCACCUACACGUUACUCUCGGGAUGUGCACCUUUCAGGUCUGAAACGGUGCAUUCUUUUGUAGAGGAGGUGCGGUAUAAUGACGGAGUUAUCUUUUAUGAUCGUUACUGGAGCGACAUCUCCUUGGCUGCCAAGCAGUUCAUUCUGCGCAUGCUGGAUGUGGUGCAGUCUAGGCGUGCGACCACGAGGGAUUUGCUCAGAGAUCCGUGGAUCAUUGAGAACACAUCGCCAUUGAAGCCAGACGCUGUCCAAGGCGUGAAUUUGAUCUCCACCAUCCGCGAAGGUUUCGAUGGAAGAUCUAAGCUCCGCAAGGCUGUUCAGGUUGUGAUGAUGAAAAACCGUUUGCAGCGGCUUAGGGACCAAAUGGAUGAUGCAAAUGACGAGGAUUUCCAAUACUAUUCCUCUGGGUCUGUUUCUACGGUCGAUUUAGCAGGAAUUGAUGCUGGCAUUGCUGGUAUGGAUCUGGACCAGGACUCCAAACGGUCCUCGUUACGUGUUUCACUGUUCCAGCAACUUGUGCAUGCCGCUAGUGAGAACAAGGAAGAGUUACAAAAGAAAUUAGCCGAACAGGAUGGUUUGGAAGAGGAUAAUUAA